AUGGAUAUGAAUAUGGCAACAAGCUCAAGUAUGCUGGCAGCCACAAUCUCGAGCAGUGCCAUGGAUAUGAGUAUGACAAGUAUGGCUAGUGAGUCCGUGGUCUCAUCGAUCGAUAUGCCCAUGAUGAUGACAACGACUACCGCCACCAGCGGCAAUGCUACAUCAACGAUGGCAAUGGAUAUGAGUGAUGGAAUGGACAUGGAUAUGAGUAUGAAUUACUAUUUGACUAAAAAAUUUGUAGGGUAUCCCGUACUUUUUGAAAAGCUAUAUGCAAACAACAAGAGGCAAGCAUUUGGAAUUUUUGUCUUAAUAAUAACAACCACUUUUGUGUACAAAUUGAUUUUAUUUACCAGCUGGUGUUUGGAAGUCCAUUGGUUUAAAAAGUGGAACAAGUCUACAAAUUAUACUUCUAUAAAAGUAAGCGAGUCGAAUUCAGAAGAUAAUAAGACAUUGAUUGAUGAAUACGUCGACCCAUAUAUCAAUAACAGUAAAAUAACUCCCAAAUUACCUAACUUGGUAGUAGAUAUUUUUAAGCCAUCCCUUGUGGAGUUUUCACAUGAUUUUAUCAGGAUUGUAUUUGUGUUCUGUUCUACGAUGCUCAUUUACAUGCUGAUGUUAGUAUGCAUGACAUUCGUACUAACUUAUGUGUUUGCAGUAAUCACUGGUUUAGCAUUGUGCGAGGUAUUUUUCAACAGAUGUAAAAUGCAUAUGCUUAAGAGGUGGGAUAUCAUAAGAGAGAUUGAAAAAUGUCGUAAUUGUCCGGGAGGUGAAAGUUGCAAUUGUGGUAGACAUAAUGAAUCUCCAUUGGCCCAGAAUCUUAACAGUAAUGAAAUCCAGAAGGAUGAUGGAUUAACGAAACAGGAAGAGACAAUUUCAAGCGAUUCGGUUGCAAAUCAAUGCAAUUGUAACCAGCAACAUGCUGCUGAAGUGCAAGGCAUUGAAAGAAACAUGCUCGAAAACUCAAAACUCCAGGAACAAAGCAAUGACAUGGAACAUAACCUCCUUCCAGCUGAAAAGUUCAUAUGA